AUGAUCCGCCACAUGUUGAUCUUAGGAUUACGCCAGAGUGGGUUUGAUCUUAUUUUGGUCCGCCAAUAUCGCAUCGAAGAGUUCUUCACAGAACACUUCCGACCGCGCUGUUCCCGUGUGGCGCCCGAGGAAACGUGGGAGCGAAUCGUCCAGCCAAUUGCACGACUCCAGACGCAGUGCCACAGGAUGAGCAGCAGUGACCAGACACCGGCGGACUGCGAGGUGGAUGCUUUCAUUGCGGGAUGGAAGGUGGGCGCGCUGGCGGUGGAGGUGCUAACGUCUGUUUUCGGCGUCGUCGGCAGUGGACUGAGCUUGUGGUGUUUGCUGAGCUGCAAGAGGAUCCAGGAGGGGAUGAAGCUUCAGUUAUUCUUGUUCUUCUCGCUCUUGUUCUUGACCAACUUGGUGGCGAUGCCGGGGGCCGCCGUGGCCGAGCUGUGGGCUGUGCAGUGUCGCCAGGUCUCGGCCGCGGUGCAGAUGGCCCUCGUCGGCUUCUACACCAUCGUGGCCACCAUGGAGCGAAACGCCUUCGCUCUGAUGGCGGCCUACAGAUGGGUGGCCGUGUGUUGGCCCCAUAAGUACAAGAUUCUGUCUCUGCGCGUUGUGGUGGCCCUGCUGAACGGUUUUGUUCUUGGGGGAGUCGUGAUCCUGUGGCUGACGGUGUUUCUCGAACAGGACCUCGACACCAUUGACGUGAGCAACCCCAGCGUAUACAAGAUGGGCCGCGAGCUCUACUUCGGGAUUCUUUUGACUCCGAUGAUCUCCGCGCUCGUCGCCUACGUGGCCGUGAUUGUGGUUAUAACCUACCGGAAGCAAUUCGUGGGCGUGCAGGAGGGAGGCCGCCCCAGCAUGAGGGAGCAGGUGUCCUUCGCAGUGGGUAUCCUCAUCGUCACGAACCUGCUGCUGGACUUACCACACAUCAUCGUCCACCUCCUGGGCAUUCCUUCGUGGGACCUUUCCUUCAUCCUCAUCCACGUCAUCUACCGGCUCCACUUCGCCCUCGACCCGUUCAUCUUCAUCGGCGCCAACCUGCACUACCGGCGGAAGGUCUUGCUCCUCGCGUUCCCCCGGUGUUCCCUUUUGCGGACGUCGACCUCGGGCGUCUCCAAUGUCAGCAGGACUUCCGCAGGGGUUGUCGCUAGUCCGGCCUCGAGACACACUUUUGACGACGCAGGAAGCCCUGUCUGAAGGCGCCUUUGGGAAGGGACUGAAAUGAAUAUCCGAAAUUUGUUAUUAGUGUGGCGAUUGUAUGACCUCACUGUAAUUACAUUCACUGUAGGACUUGUAGCCUUCCACACGUAUAUGUGUAUGAGGUUGAGCUUGUUUAUAUAGAUCGGUAACUGUAGCUUUAGCUCUCUCUCUCUCUCGAUAUUGCAUCACGGUAACUUGUGCGUUGGAUUUCUAUUUGUAGUUUGAACGCCUCUAUAUCCAUGUGAUUAAUAUUUUUGGUUAAGGCUAUUUAGCUUGAGUAGAGGGCAAGGAGGGGGUGGGGGCCUUCACCGCACAAACGCAAAGUUGUUGUAAUAUGUGGAUUUGACAAAGAAAAAAGAAGUCUCAUACCAUCACCACUUUGAAUUGACUUUCUUUAGCAUUAGCUUAAAUGACGUUUACAUUACGCUUGUAGCUUACAAAGGUCAGGAAUAGGAGAUAUUUGAUGUAAAAGGAGAGACAUCACCACCGUGUAUUGCGCAGGAGCAGAUGAGUGAAGGAGGCCUCUUAUUAUUAGGGGUAUUAGAGGAUAUCUGGGGUAAUUAGGCUUAAUGAUGGUAUCUUAUUGUGGACUGUGGGAAAGAUUACGAGCAGAUGAAGGAAUAUUUGGAAACCGAAAAAUAAGAUUCCCUGCGCAAAGGGAUUAAGGAAAAGGAAAAAUAAUGACAGAGGUUUAUGAUAGAGUACUUUCUAGAUGAUAUCAUUAUUAGUAUGAGAUUUUUAUUUCUUAUAUCGUACACCCAUUUUGGAAAAACGUUGUUUUUGUAGUUGUUUUAAGGGACAUUCACACUUGCCUUGCCUACCUCGGAGUCUCCGUAUUUGACCGUGAUACUUCCUUAGCUUAGGCGUUGAUCGAAAUGAAAUUCCCCGCAUACCUUUUGGGUGAAAUUUACGAGGAAACUUGUGUUGUAUUAUAGUCCAGUAAUUCAUGAUACAUAGGAGGUUACGCACUCUAUUGGAGAUGGCCAUACAGUUGGCAGAGCUAGAUCACAAUGAGAUAAUUUUUAGAUUUUUUGACUGAGUGAGUGAUAGAUAUAUUGUUCGAUUCUUCAUAAUUUUACAUUUUUCUUAUUCAAAAUGGCGUUUCCCAAGCAAUGGUAAUCACAUUUAUACCAACAUGAAUAAAGUUUUCAAUAGUAUAAGAAACUUACUUUUGCAAACUUCGCUCAUUUGAAGUUUACAUUGUAAGAUAAUUCCAAAGACUGCCAGGAGAGGGCAGAUCGGUAGUUGAUUGACCAAUUAUUACGUAAGGACCAGCGACUGUCUCAUCGAGUGAUAUUUGCAAAGAUUCGACGACGUGUUAUAGAUUAAAUGAGCUAUGAUGAAUUUUCCAGUCCAGUCUUCCAUUGUGCAUUCUCUGUAUGCAAAGUGAAAGUGAAAAUAUAAUCUAGUAAUCAUCUUCAGGCAAAUACAUAAGAAAAUGGAAAAGACAAACACAAACAUAUAUAUACACAUGUUAUUCCUCAUACAUCCCUAUCACAGAAAUUAUUGCAAAUGCGUGGUAAUUUGAUUAUUCACAUAGCCUAGAUUUGUCUAAAUUCUUGAUUUGAGUUUAUCAAGUACCCCAUUUCGGAAUAAUAAUUCUUGAAAGACUUUACUUGGAUAUUUGCCAUCAAAAAAGUUAUAGUUAAACAUAUCUAAAAACAAUAUGCGAAAUCGUAAUAACUAUCUUUUGAUGGAAUGGAACUAAGGGUUUAAUGAAUUUGUUCACAUUCCAGUGUUUGGUCACGAAGAUAAGUAGUUUGUCGUCUGUCAACUCGAUUCAUAUUUGAAUUGUAUUUGAUUCAAAAUAACGAUAAAGCAUGGGAAGUAAAUAAACACUUGGCAGUUCAUUCUUUCUCAAUAUUAGAUAUGGAAAAGACAUGUUAUAGUCAAAUACCCAAGUUCAAACCCUUAAAAGAACUACACAGCAGUUGUUUACAAGGCACACUAUAAUGUGUGACGUCAUAACAUGGCGGACAUUUUUGUUUGGACUAUCGUCUUCGGAGUGGAACGGCUCCGAUGGGAGAUACAAUACUGCAAACUAUUUUGAGUAUCCGGCCUUCGAGUCUGGGGUGAGUUGUCAGUUUUUUCUGUCUUGAGAUUUUCAAUUUCUGAUUGCAAUGGAAGAUUUGCCUACCUUCUUGAUAAUGAUUUCGACAUUUAUUAUUUUAUCGAUUGCACCUGUUCUAGUUUUGUUAAUGUGUUCACUGAUAUUGCAUUACAUGAUUUUAUGCUCCCAACUUAACUUUCCUGUCGUGUAUAUACACAUGUACGUUAAAUGUACUGCAUCACUUGUAUGUAUAGAAUACUCCAUUCUGUCAAAGACUUCAUUAUCACCACUUUUU